AGAGUCUAUAGGAUUCCAUCUGUCUCUAUCUGUCUGUCUAACGACUGUCUGUCUGUCUGUGUUAAAAGUUUACGACAAGAACAUCAUAUUUCUUAUAUAUGUCAGAAUGCUUAGAAAGACACGAAGAAAAGGGCACAUUUCUUAUUCGAUAUGCUAGGACAAACUUUUGCAAGUCACUGAUUGACAUGCAUGACUAGAUUGAGAUAUAAAAUGAGUAGGACGUAAUUAUCUUCUCUUUUGAAGUAACGUCUGUAAUCUAAAAGAUAAGAUAAAUGUUAAGAUAAUGGAUAAGACAUACUGAAAAAAAAAAUCACCAAAAAAAAAUAAAUGAAAGUGGUGUAGAUGAGUUAGAUGCGCACCAUGAGAUUGAAUUAGAGAUGGAGCAUAGUUCAAAAUAUAUCUACAAAUAAUAAUUGGGUUAUUGUCGACGACAUUCAGAACAACUGUCGCGGAGGAGAUCAAUCGUGUGCCAAACUUUCUCUCUCUCACUCACACAUUGUCCCCUCCUCCCACUCUCUCUCUCUCUCUCUCUCUCUCUCUCUUUCUCACUCUCUGUCUCUCUGACACUUUUUUACUCUAUUAUCUUUAAGACAUCGUUUCUUUUUCCUCCUCUCUCUUUCUCUCUCUCUCUCUCUCUCUCAAUUUCUCACACAAACUUUCUCUCACACACGCUUUCUCUCUCACUUUCUCUCUCUUUUUUUCUCUCUCACACAACUUUUUCUCACACACGCUUUUUAUCUCACUUUCUUACACAUACUUUCUCUUUAUCACCCUCACUUUCUCUCUCUCCUCUUUCUCUAUCUUUUAAGGGAACAGGUACACACACAUACUGACAGAGAGAGAGAGAGAGAGAGAGAGAGGAGAGAAAGAGAUAGAGAAAGAAAGACAGAGAGAGCGAGAGAUAGACCGACAGAGAUUAUAAACAUGUAGGUGUAGGUCCACUUUCUAGUUGUGAUUAAGUUUUGCCAUAAAUAGACCUCCAACUUUUGUUGACAUUCUUAACGAUGUUUCUUUUUCUUUCUUUUGGUUUCGCUCUGUAAACGUGUCCUAUUGAUAAAAAGGUCACGGCCACAUUCAAACCAGUACAUCUUUGUGUGUGUUAUUAUUUCAUGCAGUACUUCAUUAUUCUCUCACUAUAAGCUGCUCGUUCUCUUUCCACGGAUUUACUGUGUACCAUUCACUGGUUUCAAGGUCAAAUGUGAGAAAGACGAACAAGCCGUUCAAGUGACUUAAACAGCUGCUGUUUUAACAUCUUUGACAUCAAAUACGCAUCAACAAGACAUCAACUAGACAUCUGUGUCCCUCACUGAUGUCAUCUGGUGAUAGUGGAAAUCACAUCACCAUCAUCAGAAUGCCCAUCCUUGGUCUCACCAAUGAUGUCUCAUAACUCUCUGCGAUGUCUUCUCGCCUGGUACUAGAGCGCACAACGGCUUAACAACGAGAUCAUGGCGGAGACUGGAGGGCAUCUCGCUUCAAAGUUCAGCAUCCUCCAAGCUGCCUUAAACGCCAAUGCCACAUCUUCUGCCAAGCAGACGGCCAACGUGUCCCAGGAAGAGAGGAUGAGAUACCUGGAAGAACUGCAGGAGGUGACCUCUCAGAUCAUGAUUCCGGCCAUGGUGUUUCUGCUGCUACUUGCGGUCACCGGGCUUGUUGGUAAUAGCCUUGUUUUGUUUGUCUACUCGCAAAGAUUUAUUCGGACGUCUACCAGAGUAUACAUACUUGUCAUUGCAGCGCUGGACAUAAUAGCCAACGUCAUUGGAAUACCAGGCGAGAUCUACGAUAUGUUCCACAUCUGGGACUUUGAUAACCGCGAACUGUGCAGGGCAAGACUUUUCUUCAACUCUUUCAGCACAUUGAGCUCAGCGAUGGUUUUGUUGGCAGUGGCUGUCACCAGAUACAGGAAAGUGUGUGCUCCAUAUGGUUGGCAGACAACUGUAAAACAAUCCAGGAUCAUCAGUCUUAUACUGGUAUGCCUCGGGGUGCUGUUCUCAGUACCCUACGUCAUCAUCAGUGGGAAGCAGACCAAGAAAACGGACAGGCCUGACGUCACUGGCUUUGAGUGCACAGUGGACGACGACUUUGCGGAUACCAUUUGGCCAUUGUUGAACAAUGGCUUUUUCCUGCUUCUGUAUAUUUCCUGCUCAAUUCCUCUUAUUGUACUGUACAUUAAAAUAGGAGUUCAAGCCUGGAAGCACAGUACCGUCCACGGAUCAUCAUCCGCUGCUGGACAGCGGUCACAUCCAGCCAAUUCCAGCUCCAUGGAUAAUCAAGAAGUUCUAAGCAGCAGCUGCUCCGUCAAGUCAAAAAAGAGCAUCAAGAACAAGAAAUCUAGAGCGGCGCCAAGUAGCGGAAGUGAGGAUGCGUCCAGUGUGGCCGGAGAACUUUCCGAGACUUGCUUUCAUCGAACGGGAAGUUCCGAUAAGUACGUGGUGCGCAUUCUUGAAGACUCGGUUGAGAUCACAACCCCAAUGAUGGGACAGUUUAUUGUGCAGCUUAAGAAAGCAUCUGAUGUCGGGGAAGUUGAGACCCUCGUCGGCAAUGAAAUGGAAACUAAUAGCAUUCACAGCAAAGCUGAAGAUUCUAAAACUAAACAAUUACUUUGCCCAAACUUCUCGAAUCCGGCUGUUUCAGGGUUUGAGAACCAGUGUUUUACACAAGACGAAGCUGCUGUAGGUGUUUCCGACAACAGAGAUCAACACUUGGGUGAUUUAUAUCCUUACAAAUCUAAGCCGAACCACAAUGUCUUGAACAAAGAGAUUUCUGAAGUUUCAUUUCAUCAUGGCGAUGGUCAUACCCAAACAUUGGGCAGUGUUAAUUUAACCCAAUGUAGCAAUAAACAACCGCUAUUGACUCAACUGUCCGACAGCUCUAAAAGCUCUGCUGAGACAACAGCAGCUAGUGCUGAUACUGAUAAUGGACUAUGUGGUCAGUUAGAUUCUACUGACCAGAACAAAGAUCACGAGCAUCUCGCAGAACAAGAACAACGUGAAAAUGAAACGUCACAGAGUCCGACCAAGUUUGACGCCACUAAUGUAACUUCCCCACGCCAAGACGAUCCCACUUCGUCUCUGAGAUGGGUGGACAUUGUCUUCUGUCCUCAAACCCAGGAAGACGUACCUGGUCAAAACAACCACAGGCCCCAACCACGCAGAGCCUCCACUGCGCCACUUUCUUUUCGCAUGUCUCCUAGCAACGCUUUGCUUCAGAGAACCGAGUGGCUUAGAAAUCUCAUCUCAGUGGCUCUGGCCAGGAAAAAAGACCGGAAACGCGAGGAGGUCUUCGUCUGCGACGAGACCGUCUUGAGUGUGAAAAUCCCACAGACAUUUCCGAUAGAGACAGACGUGGAUGAAGAUGUCUUUGCAAAGUCAUUCUCGUCCCAAGAAAUCAAAACUCCUACUCGAAAAUCUGGAGACCUAACAUCCCGGUUAAAAUCGGUUUUAUCCCUCAGAAAACACUGGCGAAAAUUUUCUUCUCAAAUGUCCAGCCAAUCUAAACGGCGCCCUCUAGGGAGGACCACCGCCAUGCUGAUCAUCAUUAGCGCUGUAUUCGUAGCGGGGUUCAUCCCUUAUUUAAUUCUCAUCUUUUUCAAACUCGCCGCCCCGGGGAGCUACGCCAGUAUGACAUUCACGGAGCACUCCAUCUACAACCUGUUUCUGAGGACUUACUUCAUCAACUGUGCUGUCAACCCCAUCAUCUACAGCUUUUGUGAUAACAAUUUUAGGCGGGAAUGUAUAAAGCUGAUGAAAUGUUCAAAACUCAGACAAUAAACUCGUUUCCCUCACCAUCUUAUCUUAUACUAUGGACUCUCAACUCACAAACACUCGGUCACUAUCUUAUCUUAUACUACGGACUCUAACCUCACAAACAUUUGGCUAUGCAAAAUACAGACAGCGCACGUCUCUAUGUUAAGAAUGGCGCGAACAUAGACUUAUAGGACUGGAAACCGGAAACAAACUCUUAUCCGCGAUUGAUUGAUUCACAGACCUCUCUCUCUCUAUUUUUUUUAUUUACGUAACUCUUUUUAAAGUUCUAAGAAAAGUAUUGAUCUUUAGUUUUCAAAGUUUAGAAAAAAAAUGCAAAAUCAUUUCUCGGAUUUUCUUUAGAAUUAUCUAUUAAUCACAGAACUAUAUAUUCACGCUAACAUAUGAAACAUAGCCAUUUCCUGUUAGUUUCCAUUGAGAUAAUGUUUCAAAAAUCCUAGAUCGAAAUAAUUCAUGUCUGUUGAUUUUAAUCAUCUUAUGUACAUUAAAUUGCUGGAUUAUCUAGAUCUUUCUAGAUUAUGUAUCUACAAAUUGCAAAAUAAUAAUUAUGAGACGAGAGUGCUCUUAUUUUUAUGUUCAAUUACUAGAUCUAGAUCUAAAAAUUUAAUUAUAUGUUACAUAGGUUAGGGUUGAAAAAAAAAGACUUUACUUCUUAUAACUACUUUACAAAACAACGCCUUGUUUCAACUUUAAAAAAAAAAGUUCACGACAUUUUCGUAGUUUAAAAAAAUCUCCGUGUCCAGUCUAGAUACAAUAUAGAUAUCUAUAGAGUAUAUGUCUAUGGGCGCGAAUUUUAGAAUAGAGUAGUCUCACAGACCUAUAUAUAUUAUAUGAAGACUGGAAAACGGCAACAAAUUCUUAUUCGCGAUUGAUCAACUCACAGACCUAUAUAUAUAUAGAUUGUUACCUGUUAAUCACAGAACUUUAUAUUCACGCAAAUUCAUGAAAUAAAGCCAUUUCCUCUUAGUUUCCAUUAAGAUAAUGUUUCAAGAAUCCUAAAUUGAAAUAAUUCACGUCUAUUGAUUUUAGUCCUCUUAUGUACAUGUAUACAUAGAUUGAUUUUGUUUUUAUGAAUCUAAAAAUUGCAAAAUAAUAAUUAUGAGACGAGAGUGCUCUUAUUUUCGAUGUUAAAUUGCUAGAUCUAGAUCUAAACAUUAAAUUAUAUGUUUUGUAGGUUAGGGUUGAACCCCCCCCCCCCCCACUUUACUUUGGAUAUUCGCAUUGCAAAUUAACGCCUUGUUUCAUCUUUUUAAAAAGUUUUUCACGACAUUGUUUGUGGUGUUAAAAGAUCUGCAUGUCCAGUCUAGAUCUAAUAUAUAUAUAUAUAUAUAGGUAUGUGAGUAGUCUAUUAACUUGUUUGUGUGUCGAUAUUAAUCCCAUUCUUAAAUGAACGCUUGGAGUUCUCUGAAUAUAUUUCUCGAAGAGAAUUGCUUAGUUGAAGACAGACCUCAGAUUGACUUUGCUAAGAGCCACGGUAGCACCACGUGACUUUGUUAGCAAAUGACACAAAGAAUAAGUCGAAAAGCUUAGAAUUAUUCGACAGGCAAACUUCUUAGUUUUCAAAACUCUUACCUUCUCCUAAUGCUACGUUAGAUCAACGCAUGUCGUAACGUAUACAUGCAUGUAAUAGCUUGACUAGAUCAAUGCAAACAUUUCAUACACUUUACAUUCUUCCAUUUUUUUGAAAGGUUACUUUUUAUUUCAGAAGGCGCGGUGGUGGAGUGGUAAAACGCUUGGCUUCCCUACCGGUGGGUUCGAAUCUUGCCGAAGACUGCGACUUUGAAUUUCGGGAUCUUUAGUGCGCCUCUUAGUCCACCCAACUUUAAUGGUGUGUACCUAACAUUUUCUGGGUAGAAAUAAAGGCAGUUAGUCGUUGUGCUGGCCACAUGACACCCUCGUCAACCAUUGGCCACAGAAUAAGAUGACCUUUACAUUAUCUGCCCUAUAGAUCGCAAGGUCGGAGGGGCGAACUUUACUUUUACUUUACAUAAAAAAAAUCUGAAACUUGCCUAAACGAAAGCCCUUGUUGAAGACAUGCGCAGAAGACGAAAAGAAAACUUAAAGAAACCGCCAGCAGACAACGGCUUGGUCUGCAUGAGAUGCGGGAAAAUAAGCAGCUCGCAACCGGGUUUGAGUAGUCAUGUGAAACACUGCGCUCAUCCUUGAUCUUCGGAAUCGAAGUCAUUGCCUUUAUAAUAAUAAAAAGGUUUGUCUUCCAGUCCGAAGAUUAAGAAGGAGUACAGUAUUUCAUGUGGCUAAGCAGUCCUACACUUGAUCUAGAUAUUUUGCAACAUCCAGCGCAGACCUAACCGUUGUCUGCCGGUGCCCGGUUUCGGUUUUACGACAAACCAUUAAAACUAUUUCAUUGAUUUAUAUAGUAUAUUAGUAGUAUUAGUAACAUUCUAAGUGCAGCGAUACCCAACUUACAUAAUAUCUGGUCCGUCACGUCAAUGCUUUGAAACGAUGCGGCCCGUAAAACGCGUGUUGAAGAUAUAUUUGACCCCGCGACGAAAAAGGUUUGCAACCACUGGUUUAUUGCACAAUGCAGCCCUUUUGGACUUGUCUCACAAUACGACAGCUGUUAAUACAUGAACUUGUCUUAGAAAUGAAGUUAGUAGUUGAUUUUAAUAUGUACUUCAUUUGUUUUACAGGAGGGGGGUGAUGGCUGAAGGGUAAAGCGCUUUGAUUCCGAAAUGAAGUUUCGAAUCCCACUGAAAACCAUGAGUUUGAAUUUUGGAAUUUUCAUUACUCCCCCAAGUCGAUCGAACUGUAAUGGCUACAUUUCAAUAGUAGAGAAAUGGUUUGUUUGUUGUUGUGCUGGCUACAUGCCGCCAAUCAUAAAAACAUAAUUUGUUAGACAAAUGUGUAGAUGUCCCUGAUAUACGCAGGGGAAGUAAAAGCGGCUGGUCGUUGAAAUAACCAAAUGACACCCUCGUUAACCGUUGUCCAUAGAAACAGAUAAGCUUUACAUAUCCUUCGCCCCUCCACCCAUGGGUCAUUAGGUCUAAAAAUGGUACUUAAAUAGAAAUGGAUAAAUCAUAAUCUUUUAACCCACGCUAACUAGUCUUGAAAAAGCCUAGCCCUCUAGUACUCUACACGGAAAAAAUUGGCGCCGAAGUGUCCUUUCAGAGAAGAAAUUUUUAACAGAACAGAUCCGACAAUUUUAUUUUUUUUCAAUUAAGAAAAUUUUAUUUUUAGUGAUUAAAAAAUUGCGUUGAAACAUAACAAACCACUAAAAAUGAAAUAUAAAUCCCUAGACACAAACACAUACAAAUAUUAUGUACAGCUACAAACCACAGCCGACCGGGACUCUUCCAUUCGUCAAGUGUAACCCUAUGUAGUAAUGUUUAUGUACCUUCAACCUGACUAUAUCAAUUUACAUGUAUUUCUUAUGUACUUUGUAUUUAUAUUGAUUUAUGUGAAAUUUAUAUAUUUAUAUUUUCAUAUUGCAAAUACAUUUAUAUUGUAACAUAAUAACAUUGUAUACAAAACAAUAAUAGUCCCAUAAGAUAUUAUUUUCAAAGACCAUAACGCCAUAGCAAAAUAUUGUGUGGCGAUUCUAUAGCUGGAGAGAGAUGGUGACGGAGACAGCUAUGGACAGAGAAAAAGCAAUGACCUCUGCUCUAUGACCUCUGCUCUAUGACCUCUGCUCUGGAAGAAAAGCGAGCCAAAAGAAAAAUGGAUGGUUCCUCUCAACGGCGUCACUAGGGCCGGUGUCACCCGGUGCGGUUAGCUCAGGGUGUCACCCCUCCGCUCUUAUAUACAUCAAUUCCCCCCCCCCCCCCUUUUUCCAUGCAAAAAAAAUUAAAGUUGUUUUGUUCUUUUGUUGAACUAAAGCACAGAGAUAAUUACCAACAUUCAUUGCAUGUGUCUGACAAGUGUAAAAGGAUUGUCACUUCAUGUCCAUAGAACAUAACGAGAAUUAUUUAUAUCUAGUUCCGUCUAUUAAACAUACAGAAUUUUUAUUUGGGUAUCUAGCUUCAGUCACUUAUUUAUUUUCAAGUUGCCUGCUUUAAAAAAAAGUUUAUCUAUCUGGGUGUCACCCCCCCCCCCACCCCUGAUGGGUGUCCGCACCCCCUAGUGACGCCACUGGUUUCAUCUACUACCAAAGCUAAUACCACCUUUUUCUCCCCGCACUGUAUGUGGACGGGGAGGAUACAGUCACACGAAUCAAUGCUCCAUGAGAGGUACAACAGUCAUUGCUCAACUGAAAGGGGCCUUCAACAAAUUAUAAGAACUAAAUUAUACAGCUGCGCCUGAAUAAAGUGACUGAUCUAGAAGUGUUGCGUAUUUUCGAAGCAUUUGUAAAUAAUAAAAGUAGGUCUACAAUCA